UGUCAAAAUUCCCGGUUUGUCAAAAUUCCAGUUUGUUUUGUCCUGCAUGAACUCAAUUUCCAGUUGAAACUUGCGCGAAAUCGACGAAUUAAUCCACAGAAAUGGACGAUCCAGAGCUCGACGCGAUCCGCCAGCAGCGUCUGCAGCAGAUGCAGGGCUCCAAUCCCGAGCAACAGAAGGCCCAGCAGGAGCAGCGACAGGCGCAGGAAGAUAUGAAGAAUUCGAUGCUGGUUCAGCUGCUGGAUCAGGAUGCACGGGCGCGAUUGAAUACGCUUAAGCUUAGCAAACCGGAGAAAGCGCAGAUGGUGGAGGGCAUGAUCAUCCGGAUGGCCCAAAUGGGACAGAUCGGUGGCCGGCUGGAUGACGCCAGUCUGGUGAAGCUGCUGGAAAGUCUCAACCAACAGAUGCCUCGAAGCAAUUCCACCGUCAAGUUCGAUCGACGACGAGCAGCUAUGGAUUCCGAUGACGAUGACGAUGAUUAUGGUAUAUGAAAGGGCCCUUUGCGAGUGAUAACCAACCCACGAUCCGGCCCACGAUCCGUGUCAUCUUGUGUGUUCGCUUCACUGAAUAAAUGAAAGUUACUCUCUCAACACGAAG